AUGGCGUGGGUUCGAAUCCCACCGCUGCCAAGAAGUUUUGUCUCCCCUCGGCGGCGGCUCCUUUUCGCAGCCGGCAGCCGCCCGGCGGGGCGCGGGACUUCCGAGCAUCACCUCGCAGAGCUCCGUGCAGCGCUGCGCGCAGCGCCGCUCACCGCCGCCCUCUGGCUUCGGAAUGCAGGCGGGGAGGCGGAGAGCGGCGCUCGCCACGCGUCCUCCCGUGCCCUCACCGCCCCCCGGUCACGGCCGUCCGUGUCCCCCGGCUCCGCCCCGCCUCCUGCCCGCCCAUUCCCGUACUCCGCUCCCGGCUGUUCCCUCCCAGCAUCCCGGGGGAAGGGAAGGCGGUCUGUGGGAGUGCUUAGAGGCGGCACAGCCCAGCCCUGGCAGACGUGGCAGCGCGGAGCCGCAGGGAGGCACCGCACCGGUUUCACGGAGCUUCACGUUCCCUUUUAUUUUCCCUCAUAUGCAGUGACGCGGUCAGUUCACAAAGGAAAUUCACACCGUGUGAGCUCCGUGCAGCCCACAGGGGCGAUUCACAGCCGGGAGCGCUCCGCGUGCUUCCUCCGCACGUUUCUCAGCUCCCCGCUCCUGCGCUGCCUCCAUCUGCUUUCCGCUGCUUUUCUCCGUCGGCUGUGCCCUGUGUUCUUUUCGCAGCUCCUCGUGCACUCCAGCAGUCAGUUUGGAAAUAUGUGUGACUUUAAACGUGUCUUGGUGAUGGACUUUGGCUGCAAUUGCUUACAGUGUUGGUGGUGUUCAGAGGUGACAGCUCAACCAAUGGUUUCAGUAUCAGAUGAAGAUGCUCCAUGACUGUGGCUGCAGAACAAAAGAUUUCUUCUUGAGAUAGCCACUAUUAACAGAAGAAUGCCCAAGAAAUGAGGAUGAUGGCUAUCCAAAGGAGGACCCUGCUUCAGAAAGUCCUUUUAUCUCAGUGAGUACAGCUGCUUUCAAGUGAUAUUUUAAGUAGGCUUUGU